AUGAUAGUACUUGUGCGAUUUUGUCCCCAGCUCACGCAGUUGAUGUUGGACGUCGAUACGGAGAAUACAGACAACAUCGUACCGGGGCAGAGGCCUGGUGCUGGCUACGUGAACACCGCGUUGAAGUGGAUCAGGCUCGGACCCCUCCCUCCAGGGAAGAUCGCUGCAUUCCUCUCAGACCUGCUUCCCAAUCUGCGGGAGAUCGACGAUUCCGGCUGGACGCCUGAAGUCGAGGAAGCCUGGAUGCACGUUGAUGAAUUACUCCCGACGUUAGCUGCGGUACGCGCACAAGAGAGGUCUUCGCUCCACCUAGAGGCGGAGCCUAAGCGAAGACGGGCGAGACAGUACCCGACGCUAUGUCCCACCCCCUCCUUGAACAAAUUGUCAAACCGCAAUGCUUAUGGACACAUCAACGUCGAUGACGCCGGUGGGUACCGCCGGAUGCGCGAGGCGAAGCAUGUUCUAUGA